UUUCAGCCAAUCAGCUUCACUAUGACCGUUUGCUGCGAAGCUUUAACGCGGGAACGACAGAUUUAGAGAUGGGAACAGAUAAUAUCAAUUUCUUAAUGGACAUACAAAUGUAGAUAGCGUGAGUAGUUGACAACCAGUAUGGACAGUCCUGGAGAUACAAGGUAUAUCAGUGGGAUCAAGGUGAAGUUCCCAGUGAAACCAUACUCUUCCCAGAUCCUCAUGAUGGAGAGGAUUGUGAAGGGCAUAGAACGUGGGCAAAACUGUUUGCUUGAAAGCCCCACAGGCAGUGGAAAGAGUUUGGCUUUAUUGUGUUCUGCCUUGGCUUGGCAAGAAGCAGAAUCUGAGAAAGCUGAGAAAGAAAGUAAAAAACAGGAUGAAGAUAAAUGUUUAUCUGAAGAAAGUUUCCCAAAUGUAGCUAGCAGUCCAGUUGGUCCCUGUACCUGUGGAGCUGGGAACCCUUCAAGUGGUCUCUACCCCACUGGCCUGGAACUUCCCUAUGUCCAGCCACACCCACUGCUGGUACACAGUCACAUUACAGCCAAUGCACUCCAAGGUGAAACUCCACCAAACACUGUAAGCAGAGGGAGCAAUACCACUGCUGCUGGGACGUCUGAUAUGAAGGAAAACCCCACAAUAGGUGGCAGCACUUACACAAUCCAAUCCAAUCAAAACAGUGCAGAGAAAGAAGAUGAAGACUUCCGCCCCACCAAAAAAUUCCGCACUCCAGGUGGGCAGGUAGGAGUCAAAAGAGUUCACAAGGGUAUCGCGUACGAGGAUGAGGAGGAGGAAGAAAAGCGUGGACCCUCAGUGGUCAACCCACCUCCGGCUGGACCCCCUGCCUGGACAAUGCAGAUCACUAGUACUGUGGGGUCAUCCUAUGCUGCCCAGCUGACCAAUGCCACACCCGCUGCCACGCCCUGUGCUGCCUGUGUGUGCAGGAGGAAAAAUAAGGAGGCAGAAUGUGCUGCUGGUGGGGACAACUUAUCUGGAGAGAGAAGGAAAGUGCCAAAAAUUUACUUUGGAACCAGGACUCACAAGCAGAUAUCUCAGAUUGUUCAUGAACUUGGCAGAACUGCCUAUAGGGAGGCAAAGAUGUGUAUCCUCUCCAGCCGUGAGCACACCUGUAUCCACCCAGAGGUGUCCAAUGGCCCUAAUAAAAAUGACGGAUGCAGGGAAAAAUUAGAUCACAACCAAUGCAACUACUUUGAGAAUGUGUACAGGAUUAACCAGAGCAGCAUCAGGGCCUAUGGACUGGCAACAGCUUGGGAUAUUGAAGAUUUUGUUGGAGUCUGCAAGAAAAAGAGAGCUUGCCCAUAUUAUGGUGCAAGGGGGUUAAAGACUGAUGCUCAGAUAAUUUUCUGUCCCUAUAAUUAUUUAAUAGAUCCUGUUAUAAGAGAAAAUAUGGAGAUUGCUUUAGAGGACCAAAUUGUAAUCUUAGAUGAGGCCCAUAACAUAGAGGACGCUGCCAGAGAGGCUGCCAGCUACUCCAUCAACCAAGAGCAGCUCAGGAAGGCCAUUGAGGAUAUCAAAUUCAUGGUGGACCAAAAUAUUAAAGUGGAUAAUUACCUGGCUUUGAAAUCCAUGUGUGAAAGCAUACAGACAUUUCUGUAUGAGACAGGGUCUGCAGUGGAGCAGAAGGACUUCAGUGGCGGAGCCAAAUUCUGGGGAGGCAUAGACAUGGUUGCUAGGCUACAACAUAUGGGGAUAGGACCAGAAGCUUAUCCCUUGUUGAUACAACAUUUCAAGAAGAUUCAAGAAGAAGAACAGGAGAACAAGCAUACAGCAAUGGCAAUGGAAACUCCAAAGCUGAAUGGGGGAACAACUCAAGUGUUGAAGGGACUAUUCAUGGUGCUGAGCUUUGUUUUCCAAAAUGGAAUGAAGUUUCUGGAUGAUUACAAGUUAGCUUUGGUAAAGACAUUAACCCAUAAAAGAGCAAAUGUGGAGAACCAGUGGCUAUCAAAAAGGCGCCCAAGAAAUGGUUAUGUGACAGAAUGGCUGUAUUCUCUGAACUUCUGGUGCCUCAAUCCUGCUGUGGCUUUUCAAGAGCUGGGUGACAGCCGUUGUGUGGUAUUAACCAGUGGCACACUGUCUCCUAUGGGAUCCUUCCAGUCUGAACUAGGAAUUCCAUUCCCUAUUCAACUGGAGGCCAGUCAUGUUGUGGGGAAGAAGCAGGUGUGGGUGGGCACAGUGACCAGGGGACCUGGUGGUCAUCCACUGCAGGCCACUUACCAGAACACUGAGACUUUUGCCUUCCAAGAUGAGCUGGGCCAGUUAGUGUUGAGUGUCUGCCAGACUGUUCCUCAUGGCGUGUUGGUGUUUGUUUCCUCAUAUAACAUGUUGGAGAAGCUGAAAGCGCGGUGGGAGACAACAGGGGUGGGGUCAGCCCUGCAGGAAAAGAAAGCCUUGUUUUGUGAGCCAAGAGCAUCAGACAAAGUGGACUUUGAUGAACUAAUGAAAUCUUUUUAUCAAGCCAUUGAGGAAACAGCAGAUGGAGCUGAAAGUGGGGGCCAGGACGGUGCGCUGUUUAUUGCCGUGUGCCGAGGGAAAGUCAGUGAAGGGUUGGACUUUGCUGAUAAUAAUGCUAGAGCAGUGAUAACAGUUGGGAUCCCAUUCCCCAAUGUGAAGGACCUGCAGGUGGAACUGAAGCGUAACUAUAACAACCAGCACCACGCCAGUCGCGGGCUGCUGACAGGGGCGCAGUGGUACGAGAUCCAGGCCUACCGUGCUCUCAACCAGGCCCUGGGCAGGUGUAUACGCCACAUCAGGGACUGGGGGGCACUCAUCUUGGUGGAUCAGAGGUUUGGAAAUAAUCCUCAAAAAUAUACAAAAGGUCUUUCUAAAUGGGUACGCCAGCGAGUCCAGAACCACGUGACCUUCACCCAGGCCAGACUGUCUCUCAAAGAAUUCACACAGUCUAUGAUAGAGAACCCACCCACCAACACUAUUGCUAACACCAGUUUGAAUACCAGUAUGGCAGGUGGUUUCCUUCCCAGUACUCAGACUCCAAUGUCACAAGAAGACCCCAGUUUGCAGCAGAGAAAUUCCUUAGUGAUAGAUUUGACAAAAGAUGAAAAUGUCAACCAAGUUGUAGAACAUUCCGCCUCACCAGCACUGAAAAAAACAACGCCUGUAAACGCUGAAUCAAGGCCAGUGGGUCCACAGUCUAUUACCAAAACCAAGCAAGGAGGGAGAGAUACUAAAGCAAACAUGGGACAGACUUUCAUUGGUCAGUACGUUCUUACUAGUCCUGCACCUCCAAAAGGCAAGGAUAUAAUGUUCACUCCCACAGCAGCCAUUAGCAGCGUAAAAUCCCAAAUUGACACCCCUUUGCCAGCAAAUGGCAAACCCCAGUCUUCCACCCCUGGAGCUGUGGAGCUACCAGUAUUAUCCAAGGCAACCAUGGGUACAGCAGUAAAUAAGAAACGGUCAAAGUCUUCAACAGGAUCAACUUCAGAAGGCAGUGGUGGUGCAAGAAACUACCAACCUCUGAUGUUUGUGAGCCCUCCUUCACAAAAAGAAGCCACUGGAUCCCAGAGAGAUGCAGAGGUUGGCACACCCAGGUGUAAGCUGUCCUUGGGAGAGGGGGAUGAGGAGGGUGAUGAAAUAGCAGGUGGUACUGAUGUUGCUGCUAAUAGAAGUGAAGAGCCAGCAGCUAGGAACCAAGAGAUUACACUGAAGGGAAAAUUGAAAGAUAAAUUGAACAUGUUUAGAUUCAGAAAAGAUGACCCUGAACCUGAAAAGAGACAUCCUUUCUCAGGGACAACCUCUGAUGGUAAAGCCAUAAGCGAAAUGAGAAUUAUUGAUAAUAAAGCGAAGUCUCUGGUUCAAACCUCAAAGCGAGAUAAAUUUUACCAACAUGUGAACAUUCCUGCCAAUAGAAGGAAUAAGGAAGUUGAAAAAGCUCCAUCUCCUGAGAAACAAGAAGAAAGUUGUCCCAGAUUUUCAUGCACACCACCUCUGUUUGACUCUGAAUCAAUGGACGGAUUCUCAGCGCCCAUGAGCUUAGAGGGUCAGGAUACACUUCAUGACCAAGAGACAGUUGAUGUUAAGGUUGUGAAUGAAAUGUCUGAAGCAAUUUCUAAUGCAAUUGCUGAACCUGACCAGAAUACAAUUAAAAAAGAACCUCAGCUCAAACCUCAAGAUGGUGAGGACGCUACAAUUGCUGUUUCCAACCAAAAAGAUUCCAGCUCCGUGAAUACCAGGACCAAAAGGUCCAGAAGUCUUUCUAGAAAAAGAUCUGUUUUUAAAGAAACGAAUGUACCUGCCAAAGGUAACUGUACCACUGAGGAAGAAGGCAACGAGGAUGACACAAUCAUGAACAGAAAAAAGAGAAGCAGAGUUGAACGGAAAAGUGAAUCCAGUAAACGCCAGAAGUCUCGGGACAUACUAGACCUGGUGGACUGCUCUGGAGAACAGACAGAUGAUGACAGUUGUUUCCAAUGCAAACUUUGUGGUGCUGACUUGUGCAAGAGAGGCUCUGUCUCAAAUAAAGACGCAGGCCAGAUUGUCCCAGAGAUGGUCAGUCGGCUGUCCAGUGGGUCAGAGAAUGUGUUCCAGAUGGACAGGAAGGCUCUGGGUGCUGCAGUCGCUGACUGGGAGGGAGGGACUCUCAGAGGUGUGGAGGUGAACAGCUUGUGGUGCAGUACAGACCAAUGUUGCUACCAGUAUCUCAGGUGUGCCAGCUGUAAGGGCGCGGUCAGGAACAAACCUGUCAUUGGGGUCCAUGUUGUCACCAUUGGCGCUGGGUCCAAAUACUCUGUGGGGCAGGCAUGGAUUUUAUCCAAGCAAGUGAAAUGAGUGGAAUAUCAGCAUGUUGUUAAAACUGAAAAUAUUCCUUAAAAAACUUUUAAAAAAAUAGUAAUACAGUGCAUUUUAAGACAGAUGGUAAAUGUAGUUGAUAAACACGUUUUUGAUUUGAUGGCUUACUGCAUUUCUGAUUUGCAUGCUCAUGUCAGUUAUUAUAUAAGAUAGGCGUAAGUCUGAUAUGUCGAGCAGCACAACACAUUAUUAUAGAGGAAGGCAGCUCUCUCUAUUUGGAAAGAAUGUACUAGACAAUAUAUGGCCAAUAAUAGCAUUACUGGAAAUUUAAAGAGACGUGCUAGUUUUUGUAUUCUUAUUAUUAUUUAGUAGUGAAAUUACAUCAAGCGGUGCUACAUGUACCUUGAUAUCAUCUGUUCUAGACUGCUUGAUUAUUAAAAACAGGACCGCGCCCAUUAGAAAAAAUGGAGUUAACUGUUUUUUGCAUGUGUAAUUCAGUUACGCAAUCUGUUAUUUUGGAUAAUACACACGUCCUUUAUCAGAUAGAGAACAGCAAAGCACAAACAGUUGGUGCUGAUAUUGUAUACUUAAAGCAUUUAAUCAGUCUAUUACUUCCAGUCAUCAUAUGAUCAAAGUAAAGUUUUUAUAAACUUUGAAUUAUUUUGUAAUUAAAGGAAGUGGUGCAAUAA